UGCCAAUUUUUGGAAAUGUGCAAAAGAUGAUGACAAACGCUUGUUUAGAAAAGAACAAGUGCAGGACAGUAUUGUGAGGCUUUUCAAGUCUAGCAGUCGUUCUCGAGGCAGAAGGCAGUGCGUGUCAGAAACAGGCAGUUGAAUGAGGAGAGACAGGCUUCAUAUCCUUCGGGACCUCAUUGAUAGUGAUCAGGUCAGGCCUGCAGGCCUGCGCGGAUGCAGAAUGAAUACCAAACGGCCGGCAAUUUGGAAAGCUCAUUGGCGCAGCGUGGCGGAUGGGAUUGGUAACACGGCAUCGACAAGUACCCUCUUGCAUCGCAGCCUGUUGGCUGCCUGGCUGCAAAUACUCGACCCCCCAUCCGGAGGAUUUAAUCGCCACGCCGCAACGGUCUGCGGUGCUUAUCGGAGAACAUGGUUCUUUGUGAAGCUUGUUCGCUCUGAUGCCCCUGGUCCUGGCCCUUGUUCUGCUCAUACUUCUUGUCCCGAGCUUCAGAGCCUGAUCUGUGUGGCUUCGUGGCGAAAGCCCAAAUGCAGAGCACCAUACCUUUCAAUUUGCCGAUGGAAAGAUGCAGCGCCUAGUUCACCUUUCAAAACGAGCGUUGAGACGCAGCAAUCAACUUUGUCGCGCCCAUCGAACCAUUGUACACAUGCACAUGAGGAAUAUGCCAUGGAUUGUGCAGCAAAACACUGCAACCCAAAACGGAGCGAGGACCAAGGUAAACAGCGGCUAGCGUAGACCAGGCUGCAUCGCUGAUCCUGACCAUUUUUGUGCAGCGGCAUAAUACUCUUUCUCUCGUCAUCCAGCUGGGCAGGCAGCAU